AUGGAAUCCCUAAAGAAGCUUGGAACAAAAUGUAGUGGCGCAUUUGUAUCCGGCCUGGAGUUCUCCAAGAAAGCCAAGCGCCCCUCGCAAGAAGCAUUAGAACAAAAUGGAAUCAGAGUGGAGAUAUUGUUCAAUGUUCAUUGCAGCAAGUGCGAGAAAGAAUUCAGGAAAUGCUGCGAGUCUAUGCCAGGAGUUUCUGAAGUAAAUAUUGAUGAUCAUUACGUGCAUGGAAGCACAAAAUUAGCAACUGUGACUGGUGUGUUUGACUCGGAAAAACUCGUCCGCCGGAUAUGGAAAAAAUGUUCAAAAAAGGUUGAAAUUUUUAAGCAAGCAAAGAUUGGAGCAGGAGGAGGUAAUGGAUCAGGUGCAGAUGGAGAAGGUGUAGAGGAUGUGGUGAUCGAUAGUGCAAAUCACCGGGUGAUAGUGAAAGGCAAGAAAGCCGAUCCUUUGAAAGCUUUAAAAAGACUUCAGAAGAACUAUAGCAGAAAUGCCGAGCUGAUUUCUCCAGAACCAAUGUUUCAUACUGAAGUUGGAAAAGAACCGGAAAGGAAAAAACAGGUUGAAGUUAAGAUUGUGGUGCUCAAAAUUUUCAUGCAUUGCGAAGGUUGUGUCAAUGAUGUCAAGAAGAAUAUAGAGAGAAUGACAGGGAUUCUAACUGUGGAACCCAAUAUGGAAGCCUCACAAGUAACAGUGAGGGGAGCAUUCGAAGUACCAAAACUUGUUGAAGACAUCAGGAAGCGACUAGGGAAGCAUGUAGAGAUAGUGGAGCAAGGAGAAGAUCAAGCGCAAGCCGAGGAUUUGCUGCUAAAGCUCCACAGGCUCCACAGGGUCAGAGUAGACCCUCCUAGUCCUAGAGAAGCUAAACGCUCCACGGGAUAUUGA